AAGCUCGUACCAACUCGCCAAAUUAAAGCAUUCCCCAAUCAAUCCUUCCUUCCGUCGUCGUUUAUCAAACAAUGGCGACCAAGCCCAAAGUCUUCUUCGACGUGUCCAUCGGCGAAGCCCCCGCCGGCCGGAUCGUGAUGGAGCUGUUCGGGGGCACAACGCCGAUGACGGCGGAGAACUUCCGCGCGCUGUGCACGGGGGAGAAGGGAGUGGGGAAAAACGGGAAGCCGCUCCACUACAAGGGAUCCAAGUUCCACCGCGUGAUCCCCGGGAUGAUGUGCCAGGGAGGCGAUUUCGUCAGCGGCGACGGCACCGGCGGGGAGUCGAUCUUCGGGCGGCGGUUCCGCAACGAGAACUUCGAGGAGAAGCACACUGGGCCCGGGAUCCUGUCGAUGGUGAACUUCGGCCCGGAUACCAACGGGUCCCAGUUCUCCAUAAUGCUGGUCCGGGCCCCGUGGCUGGACGGGAAGAACGUCGUGUUCGGCAAGGUCGUCGACGGGAUGGACGUCGUGGAGGCCAUCGGCGGUGUCGGGUUUGAACCGGGGCAGAGCUCCGACCCGGGUGUGGUUAUUGCCGACUGCGGCGAACUCUCCGAUGAAUAGCCUGUUUCGCUUUUCCGUUGCUGUUGAUUUGAAAAGAAUUUGCUAUUUGGUGUGUUAAGUGUGUGUUUGUACUUUUCCCUCUACGUUUGAGCGAAGUAUAUGUAUUUGGCGGUUAAAUAAAUGAAGUUACGACAGGGUUGUCACGCCGGCGGGCGUGCCACCGGUUGUACCUGGUUCAACCUGUACCGGUCAUAAAACCGGCGUGACACCACCGGUAUGACCGGCAUGAUCGAUAUACGAAUCUCUAAGUAAAAUAACUUUAUUUUAGUGACUUUAAUUGUUAAAAAAUAUUUUAUUAUUUAUUUUAUGAGUAUAUAUGUUAAAUAUUGAUGUUAUUUGUUGGAUUCAAGUAUAAAUGUUUAGGUAUUGA